AUGUCUAUCAGUCUGGGCUCCAGAACAGGAGUUCAGCACGGCCAAACUGCAAGCAAGCUCAUAGCAGCCCACCCCUUUCCGCCCUCUCUCCAGACAGCCAGACGGUCCGAGCAAGUUGAAGAAGAAAAGAGAGCGAUCAAACGACAACUGGGACGCAAAUGGAUCCCUGGUGACGUGUACGCUCCGCACGAUCUGAGUGCCGCAGAGACCAGAAAAUGGAAGCAAAGAAGACGGCCUACGUCAGACAUUUUCGACCAGCUGAACAUCAACCCACUCUCACUCUAUAAGAAUUUCACCGUCAUGUCCGAUUUUAUGACGGAUAUGGGUCGAAUAAAACAUUCCAAGUUGACUGGUCUCAGACCCGUUAACCAGCGCAAGGUGGCCAAAGCUAUCAGGCGCGCAAUAAGCCUGGGACUGAUGCCUAGCAUACACAAACACCCCGAGGUCCUGAAGAGGACGGAAAGUGCGAAUAUCGUGAACGGGUCGACGCGACAGGCGACAUCUCGCCGGUACUAG